ACGGAACUGGCUGCCUUUGGGUGCACAGGAUGAUGCUCGGCCAACUGAGCCAGUCCCGCCAGGUCCUGCCGGAGACUCACAUUUGGCCUCCAUGUGAAAUUAAAGUGAACAUCCCACCUGUGUGUGUGUUGCUGUCGGGAUGCUGUGCUUACUCCUGGUCAUGCUUGAAGAGGGAAGUUCCAUGCUAGACGGCUGACUGCCAGCAAAUCAGCGCUCAUCCUCCAUGUCCCGCGUCUCUCCUGCCUCCUGGAGUGAAAAUCCCCUCCACAUACCAACAGAAUAUCAGCUACAGAAAAUGCUCUGUGUUUUAAGGAUGUCAGCCACCUAGAUUCAUGCGCCCCAUCUGUACACUUGUCGUGGAUGGUUUACCAUCUGAAAGCUCCUCCAGCUCUCAUCCAGGCCCAGUAUCUGUCUCUGAAAUGUCUCUGCUUCAUGCGUUGGGUCCAGUGCAGACCUGGCUGGGACAGGAGCUGGAGAAAUGUGGCAUCGAUGCCAUGAUUUACACUCGGUAUGUCCUCAGUCUUCUGCUGCACGACAGCUACGACUACGACCUGCAGGAACAGGAAAAUGACAGCUUCCUGGGCUGGGAGAAGGGAGCUGACAGGAAGUGGGGAAGGAAUAAGAGAAAGUGCUCAGACCUCACGCUAGAGGAGAUGAAAAAACAGGCUGCUGUCCAGUGUCUUCGAUCUGCUUCCGAUGAGAGUUCUGGAAUUGAGACGCUGGUGGAGGAGCUCUGCUCCCGACUGAAAGACCUGCAGAGCAAGCAAGAAGAGAAGAUUCACAAAAAGUUAGAGGGGUCUCCCUCUCCAGAGGCAGAAUUGUCCCCUCCUGCAAAGGAUCAAGUGGAAAUGUAUGUAAGACCGUAUGCAGUGAUGAAGCCUGCGUUUGCUAAAGUCAGACCGAGAAUUGCUGCAUGGUUUACAGUGUCUGUCUGUCGUCUUGUAUGUAGCUACGUAUUUUGUAAUUCAGGAAACAUUUGCUUGUCAUUUCAGCUGCGUGUCCCUGCAGCCCUCACCCCACAGCGGGGAGAGGGACCAGGGCACGGAGGCCUGGCGGGGCCCGCGCUCUGCCCCCCGCGGGGGGACAGCUACCUGGAUGAUAUUCAUCUCUCGGACUUUACGCACUUCUGUGAAGUGGGCGUUGAUCAAUCCACGUUGGAUCCCGGUGCCUCAGACGCGCUGCUCGGAGAAAGUCGGAUCCUGAACAUGAUUCGGCAGAAAAGCAGAGAGCGAACCGACUUCGAGGCAGAAUGUUGCUUAGUGUUAGACGGGAUGGAGUUGCGAGGGGAGCGUGCAAUAUGGACAGAUUCCCCCAGCCCGGCGGGCGCCGAGGGCCUGUCCCUGCGGGACCUGGGCAGCCUGGCCCGGUUCUGGGAGCGCGGCUCGUCCAGCUCGGGCGACGCGGACGGGGAGAGCUUCGGGGGCGAGUCCCNGCGGCCGUCGCCCGCGGGCGCGCCCAGCCCGCACCUGCUCGCCGGCGGCCAGGAGCUCUUCUCCGAUGCGCUCGAGGGGCCCAGCUCGAGCACCUGCUUCUCAGUGUUUGAAGUGCAAUGCAGUAAUUCUAUUUUACCGUUUUCUUUUGAAACACUCAACUUGGGGGAAGAAGAGACAGACUCUAGUGCGAACGUGCUCGGGAGAACCCAGUCCAGGUUGCUGAUUUGGACCAGAAAUAGUGCCUUUGAAGAGAACGAACACUGUUCUAAUCUCUCCACGAGAACCUGUAGUCCGUGGUCCCACUCAGAAGAAACCCGCUCCGACAACGAGACUGUAGGCGUUCAGCUCGAAGAAUCCACGCAGUUCAACGCAGAAGAUGUUAAUUAUGUUGUUCCUAGAGUCUCGUCAAAUUAUGUAGAUGAAGAACUUCUAGAUUUUCUGCAAGAUGAAACUUGCCAACAAAAUAGUAGAACUUUAGGAGAAAUUCCCACGGUAGUUUUCAAAAAAAAAUCUAAACUAGAAUCUGUCUGUGGGAUUCAGCUGGAGCAAAAGCCAGAAAGCAAAACCUUUGAAACUGCACCAGUGUGUGGUGGAAGCAGCCCGCGUGGAGAUGGCUACAGCUCAGGGGUUAUUAAAGACAUUUGGACAAAAAUGGCAGAUAGGAGUCCUGUGGCUCUGGUAGAAGUAGAGAGAGUUGCUGACGAGUUGUUUCCGACAGAUGUAAAUAACUACUGCUGCUGUCUGGAUGCGGAAGGGAAAGCGGAGCCCCUGCAGGAGCCCAGCAAGGCCGUGCAGAGGUCCGAGUACCAUCUGUGGGAGGGACAGAGAGAGAACCUGGAGAAGAGAGCUUUUGUUUCUAGUGAGCUCUCCAAGGUGGACGGUGGUGACUAUACGACUCCCUCCAAGCCCUGGGAUGGAGCCCAAGAGAAAGAGAACACCUUCAUUCUUGGAGGGGUUUACGGAGAACUGAAAAGCUUCAGUAGCGACGGGGAGUGGGCCGUCGUGCCGCCCAGCCACACGAAAGGAAGCUUGUUGCAGUGCGCGGCCUCCGACGUCGUGACUAUCGCGGGCACGGAUGUCUUCAUGACCCCGGGAAACAGCUUCGCUCCGGGCCACAGGCAGUUGUGGAAGCCCUUCGUGUCGCUGGAGCAGAGUGACCCGCCGAGGAGCGGGGAGAAUGGAUUGAAUAAGGGAUUUUCUUUUGUCUUCCAUGAAGACUUACUGGGAGCUUGUGGUAACUUUCAGGUUGAAGAUCCUGGACUUGAAUAUUCAUUCUCUUCCUUCGACUUAAACAACCCAUUUUCACAGGUUCUCCACGUAGAAUGUUCAUUCGAACCGGAAGGGAUUGCGUCUUUCAGCCCUAGUUUUAAACCGAAGUCAAUCCUCUGCUCCGAUUCAGACAGUGAAGUUUUUCACCCCAGGGUAUGUGGCGUGGACAGAACACAAUACAGGGCUAUUCGGAUCUCCCCUAGGACUCAUUUCCGCCCGAUCUCUGCGUCUGAGCUGUCCCCGGGAGGAGGGAGCGAGUCUGAGUUUGAGUCUGAGAAAGACGAAGCCCAUGUCCCCGUUCCUCCUCAGGUCGACGCUUUCGAAGACCCGCAGGCGGACCUCACGCCGCUCGAAGAGGAUGCGGAGAAAGAAGGCCACUACUACGGGCAGUCGGAGCUGGAGUCGGGGAGGUUCCUCCCCAGGCUGAAGAGGUCUGGGAUGGAAAAGAGCGCCCAGACGUCACUGGAUUCCCAGGAGGAGCCAGCUGGGACCCUGCCAGCGGGAAAGCAGAGCCAGUGUUUGGAAUGUAGCAUGAGCGAAUCUCUGGAUAUCAAUUUAGAAAGCUCGGAAGCAAAUUGUAAAAUAAUGGCACAAUGUGAGGAAGAAGUUAAUAAUCUUUGCAGUUGCAAAGCAGGUUGUCAGUUCCCUGCUUACGAAGAUAACCCCGCUCCUUCUGGACAGCUGGAGGAGUUCCCCGUAUUGAGCACUGAUGUACAAGGGAUGACUAGACGUCAAGAAAAGCAGACCUGGUGGGAGAAGGCCUUGUACUCUCCUCUCUUCCCCACGUCAGAGUGCGAAGACUGUUACACAAAAGCCAAGGGAGAGAAUGGUAUAGAAGAGCAUCCAGAUGCUAAAGACAUGCCCUGUAACGAAGAGCAUCCGUUAGAUUUUAAUAGGGUGUCUUCUGUUUAUGAAGCGAGGUGCACAGCGGAGAGAAGCUCUGGAGCGGAGGCAAAGGGCUCCCGCAGGAAGCUGUGCUCCAGCGCCAGCUCCGGCUCUGAAGACACGGGCUCGGAUGGCGCCGGCGAGUGGGCCGAGCCCAGCGAGGAGGAGCUCUUUUCUCGAACUCAUCUCUAAGCCUGCAGAGUAGCACACAUCAUUGUUUAAAAACGAAAUGGGAUGGAAAUUACCCUUUUGUGAGGCUUGUUAAUCUAAAACAACAACUUAGGUUUCUUCUCAAUUAACUGAGUCAGAUCAGUAAUUACCUUUUUCUUGCUUAUUUUAGAGUUGAGGACAGCUAUCCUGUUGAAGAUUUUUUUCUCAAGCUGUUAAAUUCUUGGCUCUUUGAAAUAGACUAGAUUGUGUUGUCAAACCAAGAAUGGGUGUGCAUGUGCUUAUCUCAGAAAUACCACUCUCCUUGCAUCUCACCUGUGGUCACUGUCCCCUCCUUAGCAUCGCAGUGGCUGCGACCACUUCCACUCUCUAGAGACGCGAGCUUUGGGACGUGCGGGCUCUCUUCUCCGAGCACUGGGAUAGAAACAUGUCCCCCGCAGUGGAUCGACGCCUCCCCGAAGACGAGAGGGAGGCGUGGGCGACUCAGAGUGGGCGACUCAGCGGGUCUUCACUCAGUAAGGUCGUGUACAUCGGAAGUAGCAUAGGGCGCGCUUUUAGAGACUUACAGAAUACUGUGUUUUCUCUCUUAGGAUUUCCCCUGCCGUGUCAUGGAAGAUACUGUGGUUUGUGACUUCAUUGCUAACUGAAGUAGCCAAGGAUUCGGGGGGUGGGGUAGCACGUGGGGUACAGUGGGGUGAAAGGGCACCGGCCUAUUCCUGUGUUGUCACUAUAUUGGCACCAGAGCACUGUCCAGGGUUCUCUGUGGCAAGUCUGACAAUACUUGGUGAGGGUCUUAGUUGCAAAUUAUGAUUUUCUCAGCACCUACAUUGAAUCAAAACCCCUAGAACUCAAAAUCAUAAACAUUCGACAUGCAGGAGAGGCCACACCCCAUCACCCAAAGGAUCCUUGGCUGCUGCAGCUGGCGACUCUUGGGGCUGUGAUUUAGUGUAGCUUAGAUCUCCUUUUGUGUUUGAGAGAAUGUUCUGGGCAAGUCGUGUGUGGCUGCCUCGGGGACUUGCUUCCCUUCUCCACGGGGCCAGAGGUCAGUGGAGUCCUUAGCUCACUGCCAUCGCCACCUCUGCUGUGCCACAGGCGGAGUGAGGAGGAGCAGUGUUUGCAAAACCUACACAUUUAAAAUUGUGGUUUUUUAACCAACUCAUUAUUUUUUUAAAGAACAAACAAAAAGCACCUAAUGUGUGAAAUCAGGUUAGCAUGUCUAACAUCAGGAGCGUCAGAAAGGUCUGCUGUGGACAGGACGGCUUCCCCACUGACUUUGGGAGGCAGUGAACACAUCGCAGUCUACCAGCUGCGAGCUGGACUGGCUGAGAAAUACAGGAUUUGUUUUGAGCGCUGGGUUUUGUUGCCUUUUUCUUAGUUGAUGACACAAAACUCCCUCUAAGGCUGUGGCGUUCCCCCGGGCUCUGCGUGCUCACCGAGGACCCGAGGGCCUGGGUCUGACAGUGCACGGCAGGGCUUGUGUGGCACACAUGUCUCCUGACACUUUAAAGUGUGUGUGUGUGUGUGUGUGCGUGCGUGUGGAAGGUUUCACGUUGCUGUUAUUUAUUUAGAGAUUUUAUAAGGUUUUAUGUAUUUUUCUUUCUUCCAGAGCUUCCUAAAAAGUCAUUAGCAUCUGCACUGAAAUAUAACUUAACAGCAAAAGCAAAAAAGGAUUGGGUGUUGUAAAUUCCUAAAAUCACUACCAUGACGAUUGUCCUAGAAGUCGUUGCUUAUGUAGCAGAGACCAAAUAAAUAUAUUUCAGACAACACCUUUAGCCAGUUGAUUUUGGACAGCUGCUUUGAGGAGGAGACGGACAGCUCCAGGUGGGAGAGGCGUGACCUUCCUUCCCCACGAGGGAAGAUGCCUGCACCUUCCACGGGUGGGGAUGGGUUCCAGUGGGCAAGGGGAUUAACAGACUAUGUAUUUAUUUGUUUUCGUAGCUAAGUGGCUGGAGCCCAGAGGCUUUCAGCAACAGAGUUGAAAGUGUGGUUUUUAGUUUUGUGAAUGGAUGAUCACAAAGAUGAAGCAUUUUUAAAAAGUUGGCAAAACGCUGAGACACACUGUGGUAUGAAGCGCAUUGCACAUCCGUAGCACUGAGGUGUCCGUUUUGUCCCGGGCUGAGAUUUCCCCGUGGUUGUAUUGUUCUGAUUUCACGUACACCGAGUAACCGAUUUUUUGUUUUCUUGUGGAGUUAACACCAAAAUAAAAAAAUCUAAAAAACA